GGCUCCAGCUGCGCGCAUCCGUUUCCGCGCGCCCCGUCCCUCUCCGGCGCAUGCGGAGCCGCCGAAACGGCGUCGUACCGGGCGCCGUGUGCCGCGGCGUGCGCCAUGAUCCACAGCCACAUCUCCGGUGGAGAAGAACCGCCCGAUGGGGCCUGAGGGGGCGGCAUGCAGGGCAGCGAUGGGCUGGCUCAGAGGGCGUACCAGGGGCCGAUGAAUAUGGCGGUGAAGAUGCUUCUUUCGCCCAAGGAAUCCACCUGCGUCCUGGGUCCCAAAGGUAGCAAUAGCAAGCAGAUCUUCGACCAGACUGGAGUGAGGCUGCAUUUGAGUUCCAAAGGAGACUUCUACCCAGGCACGUCGAUGCAGGAGCUCUUGUUGAGGGGCUCUGGGGCAGAUGUGGUGCAGAUGGCGCUGCUGCAGGUCAUCGCCACGUUGAGCGCAGAGACCGGCAAGAUCCUCGGCCAAGAAGUGGACGUGGAGGAGGGUGGUGCACGAGUCAACCUGGUGGUGCCGGUGCUGGCUGCCAAAGCCAUCAUUGGCCGGGCGGGGGAGAACAUCAAGGCCCUCCGGGCGAGCUCUGGCAUGAAAAUACGUGUCGAGGACGUGGUGAUCGGAGAAAGCACUCUCGCGGAGCAGGUGGUCUCCUGUUCAGGCCCGCUCGAAGGGCUCCAAGUCGCCAUCCCCUUCGUGGUGGAAAAGGUGGCGGAGAUGUCCGUCCAGCCUUGGUUUAAGGACUGGGCCUUUGAUCACAAGGCAUGCCCUAAAGGGCUUGGUUUGGCCAAGGGCAAAGGCAGUAUGGGCAAAGGAUGCGGUGCUGUCAGUGGCAAGGGCAGCUAUGGCUGCGGCUGUGGCAGCUUUGCUGGCUGUGGCGGCUGUGCUGGCUGUGGCGGCUGUGCUGGCUGUGGCGGCUGCGGCGGCUGCGGCGGCUGUGGCGGCUGUGGCGGCGGCUGUGGCGGCUGUUGUGGCGGCUGUGGCGGUUGUGGUGGCUGUGGCGGCUGUUGCGGUGGCUGUUGCGGUGGCUGCUGUGGAGGCUGCGGUGGCUGCUGUGGCUGCGCCGGAUGUGUUGGCGGCGCAAGCUUCGGCAAGGGCUUUGGCAAGGAUGAUGCUAGCUAUCCACCGGCGCCGGUGACUGCGGCAGCGGGCUUAGAGCAGCUCCAAGGUGGUCUGCAGGCCCUGCCAAGCCACUUAGCAGAUCCUCAGGAUCAUUCUCAAGUGGUGCAAUGCCCUUGCCCCACCACACUGGUCGGCAGUCUGCUGGGCGGCACUGGGCUGAUUGAGAUCUCAGGAGCCACGGGAACUCACAUCGAUGUGAAAGACGUGGAGGGGAACCUGGGAGAGAAAGCGAUCAUCAUCAGCGGGCAUGCCGUGGGCUGCGUGGCGGCCUAUCUGCAUGUGGUCUCUCGCAUUGCCGGCGUUCAGCAGGGAGCGAUGAGCAUCCAGGAGCCAAUGCAGCCCUCCAGCUUAGAUAACUGCGCGCCUGCCAGCAUCGCUCGACCGGCUGGCUGUGGGAGCUUUCUUUGAGCCGCCCCUGCGCCGGAUCCGCUGCCCUUGAGCGGCGCCACCCUGUCGGCGCUGUUCGGCAGGACGCGCCCGUGGUCGGCUGAACCGAUGCCUCGGUUCCCGCCGUUUCGACGAAACAGAGGGGGUGGCGCUUUUUUGCCAUCGGCCAUCGGGCGGGCGGGCUUCGGAAUCCCCGUUGGCGGUGAAAUCGGUGAAGCGUUGGGUGAAGAUGUGUCACCCAGAGUGUCUCACAAGAUGAG